AUGUUCAUCGGCUCAACGACUCUCGUGUUCAUCUUUAAACACGAAAUCGAUCACUCGUUGGAGUCAUCACAGGGAUCCGCUGACAGCGAUGACAAGGAGAUCGAAAUGGGAAUCGGUGACACUUACAAAGUGCUUUAUCAAAUUUUGCGCCUUCGUCCGAUGAUCUACGUGCUCAUGAUUUUGCUCACUGGAAAGAUAGCAUUCGCGGCCACUGACGGAAUGACUGGGCUGAAGUUGAUCGAAAUGGGAAUUCCGAAAGAUAAAUUGGCCAUGUUUGGACUCUUCUUGACGCCUGUUCAGAUUGUGCUUCCUUGGAUUAUCGGCAAGUGGACGACCGGACCGAGACCGUUGAACAUUUUCUUGAUGGCCUAUCCGUACAGAUUAUUUGUUGGCGGUGUCUACGCGUUGCUAGUCUGGUGGACGCCGUCGUUCAAAACGGCUGACGGAAGCUUCCAAUUGGGUGUCUAUGUUAUCUGGGUGACCGCUUACAUCUUCCAUCAGUUCGCCACCUAUUCGAUGUUCGUAUCAAUGAUGGCCUUCAACGCGCAAGUUUCGGACCCGAAAAUCGGCGGCACCUACAUGACGCUGUUGAACACGAUCGGGAACUUGGGAGGAAAUUAUCCGGUCACCCUGGUGCUCUGGAUUGCCGAUCAUUUAACCUGGAAGAAUUGCAUUGACAAGUCAACAAAGUUAGUCCUUAACACUUGCCACAAGAAAGACGCGGCCGAUCAGUGCACGGCGGCGGGAAACGUUUGCGAGACGGAGAUCGACGGAUACUACUUUGCGGUGGCCAUCUGCUCGAUUGUCGGCGUUUUGUGGGCCUCCCUGCUCUUCAACAAGAUUCGCUACAUCCAGAAGAUCCCGCGUUCCGAGUGGCGAGUGAUCAAGAGUGCCUCGGAUACUAAG